CCGGAGCCGAGCCGGCCCGGGCCGAGGCUGCCCGAGCCGCGCUGCCAGCGAAGAUGGCAGCAGAAUGAGAAGGCUGGCGCCGGGUCGUGGCCUCUGCGGUCGCCGCCGCCACGCCGCAGUUUAAGAUCCGCGCGCGGCGCCCUCGGAGCCUCUUGCUUAGCUGGCCUCCUGGUGGCCGUUGAAUUAUUUCAUUCCGGGCGGAGAGCGGGGGAGAAAAGGGACCCCGCAGCAGAGCCGUUCCAGGCUCUGGCAGCCUGUAGAGGCUUGUGCGUGCGACACUGGCUGGCUGCGGAAAAGACGCGGGAGAGAGUCAGUCCCGGGCUGCAGUGGCGCGGGUGCGGGGAUGAGCCAGCCAUGGAGCGGCCUCCGCGGGGUGCACCGAGCCGGCUGGCGCUGCGGCCGGUGUGCCGCCUGAGCCGAGCUCCCGCGGUUCUUCGGUGCUUCAGGCGCCCUGGGGGGGUCUCUGCUGCCGCCUCUGGGAAGGACUGGAGCCCCGCGUGGCGGACACUGCAGCAGUCACUGUACUGAGCCUCCCCGAGACUGCUCUGCCUGCGGCUGGGUGCGCUCUCGGCACCCGGGCGCCUUGCCCAGGGCACGGCGGCUGGCGCACAGCGGCGAGCCGGGUGUAGGACUGGCUAGAGGGGUGUGGGCGCGCGUGUUGGACUGGAGAGCCGAGCUAAAGCAGAACCAGGUGGGCCCGAGCAGCCAUGCUUCCCGGGGUGGGCGUGUUCGGCACCAGCCUCACCGCCCGAGUCAUCAUCCCGCUGCUGAAAGACGAGGGCUUCGCGGUGAAGGCGCUGUGGGGCCGCACACCGGAGGAAGCAGAGGAGCUGGCCAAGGAGAUGAGCGUUCCCUUCUAUACGAGUCGCAUUGACGAGGUGCUGCUGCAUCAGGACGUGGACUUGGUGUGCAUCAACCUGCCUCCGCCUCUCACCAGGCAGAUCGCUGUCAAAACCCUGGGCAUUGGCAAGAACGUCAUCUGCGACCGCACGGCCACGCCGCUGGACGCCUUCCGUAUGAUGUCUGCUGCCCACUACUACCCCAAGCUUAUGAGCAUCAUGGGCAACGUGCUGCGCUUCCUGCCGGCCUUCGUGCGCAUGAAGCAGCUCAUUGAGGAGGGCUACGUGGGGGAGCUGCUGGUGUGCGAGGUGCAGGUGCACAGCGGCAGCCUGCUGGGCAAGAAGUACAACUGGAGCUGUGAUGACCUGAUGGGCGGAGGCGGCCUGCACUCGGUAGGCACCUACAUUAUCGACCUGCUCACCUUCCUCACCGGCCAGAAGGCCGUCAAGGUCCACGGGCUGCUCAAGACCUUUGUGAAGCAGACGGACCACAUAAAGGGCAUCCGCCAGAUCACCAGCGACGACUUCUGCACCUUCCAGAUGGUGUUGGAGGGCGGGGUGUGCUGCACCGUCACCCUCAACUUCAACGUGCCCGGUGAGUUCAAGCAGGAUGUGACCGUGGUGGGCUCAGCCGGGCGCCUGCUGGCGGUGGGCACGGACCUAUACGGGCAGCGCCAUAGCGCCCCGGAGCAGGAGCUGCUUCUGCAGGACUCCACACCUGUCAGCAACUCCCUGCUGCCCGAGAAGGCGUUCAGCGACAUCCCCUCGCCCUACCUGCGUGGCACCAUCAAGAUGAUGCAGGCCGUGCGCCAGGCCUUCCAGGACCAGGACGACCGGCGCACGUGGGACGGGCGGCCGCUCACCAUGGCCGCCACCUUUGACGACUGCCUGUAUGCCCUGUGUGUUGUAGACACCAUCAAGAGGUCCAGCCAGACCGGCGAGUGGCAGAACAUUGCCAUUAUGACCGAGGAGCCGGAGCUGAGCCCUGCCUACCUGAUCAGCGAAGCCAUGCGCAGGAGCAGGAUGUCCCUGUACUGUUAGCGUGGUCUGGGGACCUAAGGGAACUUAGAGCUUCUGCCUGGGGCCUAGAGUUGGGGAAAGCCAUUGGGGAGAGGUGGCCUUCAGGAAUGAGGGGAGGUGAAAGGGCAAUGGGAAUAAAUGAGCUCUGGGAAGGCGAACCCCAGCCCAGGUGUGGGGCCCCAAACAAGACUGUUAGGAUGCUGAGUAUAUAGCUUGAGACUUGAGAGUGUUUAGAGGGCCUGCCGUGUCUGAGAGCAUCCCUGCUGGGCAUUUGUAUGAGAGGUAGGAGGUCUGGCUGCCUCUGCUGCCCUUUACUAUGGAAGCAAGGAGGGACGGCUUUCCUCCUCACCUCAUCCACUCCCCUCACCCUGGCCUCUUUUGCAAGCCAAAUGCUCCUGUGAGAUCAAGCUUAGUUGGUGCAGGCUCCCCAUCCUCCCUUCCCCCCCACAUUGGCAGAAGGCACAUCCUCACAUGUCCACACAAGCCCAUUAGUCUGGGGAAAGGUGGGGGUGCAACGGGCUAAUGAGAAAAUUCAAGUUCCAGGAAGCCACUUUAAGUAUCUGAAGGAAAAAGUACUCGGUAGUAAAGUGUACAGCUUUCUCGAUUGAUUGGUCUUCCUCAUAGGAAGCAGGAGGGAGCGUCUUCCUGAUUGGCGCACUGCCCUACACCUGGCCUGAGGUGGGGCAAGGGAGUGCCAGGAAUGGCCAGCAGAGAGAUGGGUUCUUUAAGGCAAAAGGAGGGAGCAAGAGCACAACCUGCAUGGAGAUAGACGAGGCAGAGAAUCACAUAUCCCUUUGAAUUUGUCAGCAAUUAAAAAACUGCAAGAAGCCAUCGUAUAACACUAUUUAUGGAGGAGUAGAACUGAGUGUAAGAGGGAUUCGGUAUUGAAGCACUGAGGUGGUUCUUUCAUCUGGCUCCGUGGGUGGAGCCCAAGAGACUGUGGGAGGUGUGGGUCUGACUACAAGCUCAUAUGUGGCCCUCAAGAACAGGGGACAGCUGCGUGCCCCGGGGUUGCAGUGGGAGUUCCCCAGCACAAGGGAAAAAGAGAGCUGGCCCUGGACUUGAUUUGUGCUCCACACCCGUCGCCCCUACCAAGCUAGGAAUGGGCUCUAGGCAGUUCAUGCAGCUUUGUGGAUAUGGAAGGGAAGUCCUCAGUUCCACUCAGACAUAGCCCUUUUCCCUUAAAAAAAAAAAUGUCAAGGCUCUUUUCCUUUGUUUUCAUGAUUCUGAUAUCUAAAAAUAUUUUAAUAGGCAUUAAACAAAACAAAACAAAAGGACAACAAGGAACAUAAUUUUCAGUGUUUCUAAAAUGGGGUUUUAGAGUCCUCUCAGCUGUAUUUUCAUGUAGGAUUGAGAAGCUAAUGUUGCAAAAAACACAUUCUUCUACUCCUUGGUCUCUUGUCUCUCUUGUCUUGUCACCCUCUGCUUACAGAGCUUUUAUUGGAGAUGGCAGACUGCAGGCUCAGAGCAGGCAGUGCCAGAAAGAACAACCACGCAUGCACACACACGGGCUUGCAAAUGCUCGUUGCCACCAAAUGUCACUAAAGUUGCUCUUAAAAAUUCAAGACUGGUCUUGAAAGAAAUACCAAGUCAAAUACAUUUUGAAAUGGGGAAUUAUCCUUUUAUCUUUCUUAAUCCUUCAUCCUACAGAAGACAUUUAUCAAGGUUGGAUAUAGAGACUAGCACUUAUAAAUCUAUACAACUUCUGUUCACAGCCCACACAACUGAGGCUUAGACUUCUUUUCAGGUGACUGGCAGUUAGAAAUAGAGGGUAAUUUAAGGGGCUGAGAGUUCACCCCUAGGCUCCAAGUAGGCAGAAUCUGAAAACAAACAGUACAAUCAAUUUCAUCCUCCAUUGUCCCAGGGGCAAUAUACUAUGAAGCCCAGGCUGCCCAUAGGCGCAGUGUGGGUGUCCAAACAUCAUGGGAAUGGUGGUCAUUUACUAGCACGGAGGAGUAAGGAUUGCCUUCCCGGAAACAAUGACCCUACUUCGGGGGCCUUCCUGCAACACGGUAAGGUUAGUCAGCUGAAACUCUGCAUGCUACAUUCUAGUCCCUGAUCUGUUCUUCAGACUUCAUGAUGACAUGCCAAGCUUUUGUAACUAUCCGUUCAAAACUAGAGAUUUGAUAGAAUGGAAGUCUCCCAGUAAUAAUUUGAGCAGAGGGUCAUGCCCUGCACUGUUUCAGUUCAGGCUCUCCUAAUUGCCCUUUGGAGAGCUUUUGUGGAAACUGGAAUGAAUUUUUUUUUUUUUUCCUUUGCUAGCCUGAAAGGUUGUGAUUAAGAGUGAAGGAAAAGGAAACUAGAUGACUCUAUGGGUCUCAUUUUUCUAAGUCUUUUAUAAUCUAAGUAGGGAUUUUCCUGGGGUUUCAAUUUUAAGUUUCUGUACUUAACCAAAACACUUGGGAGGUUUUCCGCCCCCUGCUCCAAAGGCAUUUGAGCUCUGUGAUAAAUAUUCAGUAUCUUAAAGAAAAAUUCUUAUUUGAGGCUAGGGUAUGUAGGAAAAAUAUAUAUUCUUUUAAAAAGCAUGAGAAAUAGUUACGUGUAUUCAGUUGUUAUCUAUUGACAUGCAUGUAGCUGGUAGAUGCAGCAAUGAGAGAAGACCAAGGUAGUUCAUGUUUUUUUAUACAAAAAUAAUAGUACAUGGAUUUAAGAUACUUCUGCAGUGAUCUUUUUGCUCCUGUUCUACCACUUGCAAAGAUUUAAUUGCAAUACAAAGCUAAAAUCUCAAGCGUUCAGGAGAGCUUGCUGAGGCAAAGUCCAGCCCCUAAUGGUGCCCUCAGGGGUCUGGGGACCAUCAGCUGACUUUGCCCUCACUAAGUCCCAGCAGUAAUCCUGCUCUUUCUGCUUUAUUUAAUGUGUCUUAGGAGCCAGUGUAAUGGAGGCUCCACUUUAGGGCCAUCACAUUUAGUCUCCUGUCCCUGAUUAGUUCCCAUCCUUGUGCGGAUGCCUCUGCUACUAGAAAUUCUGGCUCAUGCCACUGGUUGCUUCUGCAGGUGUCCCGAAUUCCAGAUUCUGUUAGAGAAGGUCGCCCAGGUGCUCUUCCAGGGCAUCCACAGUGUGUGGACAUGCUCUGGGCUUAUUUGGAUUCUCUGUGUUUUCUUCUGGAGAGAGUCCUUGACCGCCAUCAGCUUCUCCACGAUUUCACCCUUUAAUGGGAGAGGCGCAGCACGGAACCACAGUCACUUGUUAGCUUACCUGGCAGCAAAUACCUUUGUGAAUCUAGACCCCAGCAGCAGUCUUGGUCAGCUCCAACACAAGGUGAGCUUCUCCCAGGGCCCUUUUCACUUUGCAGAGAGCCGUCUGAGUACUCUGUGUGCUCCAACAUUUCUUGAUAGCCGUGGUGUGCAGGGUGUUUUAAGUACAUCAUCUCAUUUAAUCCAUAGAAACACCCCUUUAGUAUUGGGUAUUGUUAUUCCCAUUUUACACAUGAGAUCAUCAAGUCUCUGAAAGGAAGAGUAACUUGCCCAGAGUCAUACCACUAUUAAGCAGAGACAGGGUGACACUGCGGUUUUUCUGGACGCCCUGGCCACCUGCCCUGGCAAGCUUUUGAUUGCCACACUGAGCGCAGACCCACUGUGUAGGACACGGUCUUGUUAUUCCUGUACUCACUGCUGGUGUAAACAGAACGGGGCACGGUGGAUUCAAGAGCACUCGGUAGUCCGAGAGCAGACGCUUUAGUGGUCCUCCCAAGGGCUCCAGCAAAUAGGGACUGUGAUGUGAGGGCCAAAAAGGUCGGUCGGCCACCAGUUUCCACUGUUAACUGACAUGGUUACCCCGAUGUGGCACUGGCUGCAGCCCUGACUACAGGGAGAGCACUUGAGCCCAUCACCUCUUAGAGC